CAAAGCAUUAAGUUUGUUAGCUGAUUUCGAACAGUUCGGACAAGCAGCAACAUGAGGAUAUUCGUUGUGCUUAGUAUUAUUCUGGCCGUGGUGGCAGCUGCUCCACAGCGCCAAGGAAGCGGUGCUAGUGCCAGUGCCGAUGCCAGCGCCCAGUCGCAGGGCGGGCCAGGCUUUGGCAAAGGUCCAGGCGGCUUCGGUGGACCAGGUGGUCCCGGUGGUUUCGGUGGACCUGGUGGCUUUGGCGGCCGUCCAGGCGGUCCAGGUGGUCCAGGCGGCUUCGGUGGUCCAGGUGGUUUCGGUGGUCCCGGCGGUCCCGGCCGUCCUGGCGGUUUCGGAGGUCCAGGCGGCUUCGGUGGACCAGGUGGUUUUGGAGGUCCUGGUGGCGGUAGCUCCAGUGCGAAUGCCAAUGCUGAUGCAAGUGCCACAUCCAAUGGCGGCGGUGGUCGCUUCGGUGGUGGCGGUGGUGCCAGUGCCAGUGCCACCUCUUCAGCCAAUGCCAAUUCCAACGGUCGUUUCGGCGGCAAUGCCAAUGCUUCCUCCUCCUCCAACGCCUCGGCCAAGGGCGGUGGUCUCGCCAAUGCCUCAUCCAGCUCCUCUGCCAAUGCCCGAGGUUGAGCUUCAACGAAAGGACAUCUUCAGAGCCGUGCCGAAUUGAACAGAUUUUUAAAGUGAUUUAGCUUAUUUAUAUUUAUAAAAUAAAUAUACAUGACAAAAAGAAA